CGAGAAACUGAGGCUGCAGCUGUGGAAGCGGAGACAGAACGAGAUGAUCAACAACAACAAGCAGAAGAAGAAGGAACGACACUCUGCUGCAGCAGCGACUCUCUGACUCUCAACAUCUGUAUCUGAUUCUCCUGCUUCUGCUCCGACAACUUGUUGGAAAACUUUAUUUCUCCCGGAGUGAGAUCAGAAGUUUCCAGUUUGACCUGUUUACAGCAAAACUUCACUGCUUCUUCUUCUUCUGCUGCUGGAGGAGGAACGACCACAUCCAUCUGAGUGUGUGCGUGUGUGUUGAGGAACCAUGGAGAUCCUGGACAGCAGUGAGACCUUCCUGCACUGGGACAGGAACCUCAGCGAGCUGUCGGAGGCUGGAGACAUCGACUCGGUGCUCUACACCAACCACUUCUCUGAGCUGCUGGACGACCUGUCACAUGACGCCCUGCUGGGUCAGCUCCUCAGCGACCCCUUCCUGUCCGGGGGGCGGGGCGGCGUGGAGGACAUGGAGGGCGACGAGGACGACAGUGACCUGUCCCCGUCCUCGCCCCUGCCCCCCCACAUCACGGCCGAGCACAGCUACUCGCUCUGCGGGGACAGUCGGCCGCAGUCGCCCCUGUCGCACCUGACCGGCGAGCAAGGCAGCGAAGCAGAAUCAGACGGGGACUCGGCUGAUUGGCCCAUGGAGCAGGACGAGGACGCCAUGGACGCCAUGGACGCCAUGGACGGCCUCCUGUGUGAGCCUCCCUCCCUCCUCCCCAGCCUCUCUCUGUCUCUGGCCUCCAGCGUGGGGCCCAAAGCAACCGAGGGUCCCGCUGCCGCCCCUGCUGCCGCCACCACCACCACAGCCGCCGCCGCCCCUGCUCAGGCCACAGCCAGCAGCCACAACCAGAGCAAGAGCAUCAAGAUCAAAGAGGAAAGCAUCGUCCCUCAGAUCAAACUCGAGCCUCAUGAAGUCGAUCAGUUCCUCAACUUUUCCCCCAAAGGUCUGGAGUCCCUGCAGAUGCCUCCCACUCCUCCCAGUUCCCAUGGCAGCGACUCUGAGGGCAGCCAGAGCCCCGGCCACGCUCCGCCCAGCCUCUCCUGCCCCAGCUCCCCCACCAGCCCCUCUCCGUCCCAGGCCAGCCUGAAGGUGGCGCCGCGGGCCGCCUCCUCCCUGUCCAACUCCCCCCUGCUCACCGCCGCUCAUAAGCUGCAGGGCUCAGGGCCGCUGCUCCUGACGGAGGAGGAGCGCCGGACGCUGGUAGCCGAAGGUUACCCCGUCCCCACCAAACUGCCGCUCACCAAAUCCGAGGAGAAGGCGGUAAAGAAGAUCCGCAGGAAAAUCAAGAAUAAGAUUUCCGCUCAGGAAAGUCGCAGGAAGAAGAAGGAGUACAUGGAUGCUCUGGAGAAGAAGGUGGAGAACUGCUCCAACGAAAACAACGAGCUGCGCAUGAAAGUGGAAUCUCUGGAGUGUACGAACAAGUCUCUGCUGCAGCAGCUGCAGUCUCUGCAGGCGCUGGUGGCUGGCAAAGUCCCCAAGUCCUGCAGGAUGGCUGGCACCCAGACAUCAUCAUGUUUAAUGGUGGUGGUUUUGUGUUUCUGUCUGUUUCUGGGGAGUUUUUACCCCGGGAGUCUGACCCCCUGCUCCACCAUCACUGAAACAGGCCUCGCCUCAAAGCACCUGUCAGUCCAAGAGUCGUACACCGCCACAGUGAAGUCGAGGAAUCUGUUGUCGACCUUCGAAGACGAGGGGCCGCACCUGCUCGGCCUCGGCGGCGAAUAUCCCGACCAAUGGGAGGACAAGCCGGCCGUCGUCAUGGCAGCGUGGCGUCACUCGGAGCAGCAGAAGAUCAGGGAGGAGCCAGUCAGGGCGGAGACACACCCACCUUUCAUGAGCAAAAACAACGAGACGCAGACGCCGACAAACCUGCUGCUAGACCUGCACAGGUCUCUGGAGCAGCAGCUGACGCACGAGAGCCGCAGCAAAGUGGUCGAACUGGAGCAGACGGUCAACGAGACCUCCUGAGGUCGACGCCACCCCAACCGACCACCUCCACACCCCAGCCCGACCUUUGACCCCCUACCCCCUCUGGAGCAUGGUUCAGUGUCCUGGAGCAAACCUCAUACAGUAGUUGUUCCCACUGCUGAUUAUUUAAGGUCAUUUAUGUUUUCAGCCAUCUCUGUUCAAUCAGAUACACUGUAGUACCAGCGGGGGGGGGCACUGGUUGCCUUCCGUUGUGAAGUAAAGUUGCACUGAAUAGUUUUUACAUGAGUCAGUUUUAUUCGUCCUAAUUGACCCGGCAUGAAAACGCUGUUAAAUUCAGAUUAAAUUCGAAAAGGAUCCAAAUGUAGCGCGACAUUCAUUCCAAUGGAACGUGUGUGAGACGACAGGUGAGGCUUUUAAACAGGACACUGACGAGGACCUCUGUAUUUAUAUAAAUCUUUUUUUCUAGUUUUAAUAUUAAAUGUUUUUAAUUCUAUUCCGUACGUUCAUCACAUUUUGAUACUGUUAUUGUGUUUUACGAUUUAUUUUAUUGUGCUAUUUUAUAUUUUGUUCAUAUUCCUUCGGCUGACUCGAGGUUUCCUGCGCUUAUUUGAAAAAAUCUGAGAUGUUCUGAAAUGUUUGGUGGAAUGAAAAAGUGUUUGAUUUGAAUGCAGCUGGAGAUCAAAUGUCAUUUCACACCUAUAAGCGUCAUUAUAUAUUGGGGGUGUGUACAGAUGUUACAGAGGUUGAUUCCACAGACGCUCAUGUCUCACAUUUGGCCUGUGUGCGAAUCAGGGGUCAAUAUUUGAGACUUUUCUUUCUGUACAUAUUCUUUUAGUUUUGGUCAUGAAAUGCAUUUUAAAGAGCCACAUGUUUCAAGUAGCAAACUUCAUCUUAAAAUAACUAUAACGCAUCGGGAGACAAUUUGGGAAUAAGUUUAUUUUGCUUUUGAUGCAGACACGACUCUUAUUUAUCUGUUUAUCUGCAUCUUUUCAAACUCACUAAUUAAUAAAUGAUAUCAACUUGUUAAGUACUGAGCCGUAUCUAUUCAUAAAGACUUCCUGUGAUUCUGACCGAGCCACGCUCGCUGUUUCCAGAUUCUCCUCCAGCUUUGUACCGGAGGAAUCGAUCUUCUCACUGAAAGCAAAUAAAACUCUUUCCCAAUAUGUCGAACUGUUGCUUUAAAAGAAGUUUCAAGAUGGAGACACAGAUUUCUCCUCCUGCGCUCACCUCGCCCGGCCUCUUAUCCUCGCUUUGCACACUGUCAGCUCCAAGAGUCUUUAUCUGCUCUUUUUUUAAAGCAUUUACCAAAAACAUAUUUCUGCCCAGAAAUUAAAAAAAAAGAAUUAUAUUUUUGUAAAUAUCAGUUGUUAAUAAAUAAAGAUGUCUAAAUGUGUCUGGGAUGUGAGGUAGAAAACCAGCGUCACACAUUCAUUCUGUCAUGAACGUGAGACGCCUUAGCUUCAGUUUGACUUGUUUCUGGGUUUUAGUUUGAUCAUCUGAUGAUGGCAGGUCAUCGUGGCUCUUAUCUGUUCUUAUUAAGUGUUUUACAGACGUGUUGUCAUGUGUGUUACAGACCAAACCAGACAUUUCAUACAAAUGUAGUAAUAUCCAGCAUCCCAAAUAUAUAUACAGUAUAUAUAUAUCCAAGGAAUGAUGCUUAUUGUAUUUUCUGUUUGUGUCUGUUGUUUGAGCUGAAUCCCGUUCCUCACUCUGUAGAAAACACAAGAUGAGAUGUUGGUUUCAUAUUUGAAAUGUUCUCGACCUGCUCCCUCCAGUUGAGAGCGUUUUUCAAAAGUCAGAUUUCAUUUCUGUGUUGCUUCUGUGUAAAGCCCACGUGACUCAAUGGCUUUCUGUCUUUUUUGCAUUCAAAGGAAUAAAGUAUUUUCCGUAGUAAAAGA